AUUGUCGUCAUUGCGAUAAUUAUUCCCAUGCUGAGAGAAUCUAACAUCGAUUGUCGAUAGAGGGAAGGUAUAAGAAAAUACAUUCCGUGUACGAGAGAACCAUUAGGGAAUUCCUUCUGUCUACCCUCACCAUUGAGAGGAAAACGAACCUCCAGCCUCCCUGAUGGAUGAAGUAUGCCUCAAGUGUCGUUGUAGAGAAGAGAAAUUCUGCCCGUGAGAUCAAUUCAUGGUUUGAGUUCUGUCUUGGGGAGCCUGCCCAAGAAAAACAAGUGAUCUGUAAGGUCUGGGGGCUGGAGGGAAUUCUGAGGAGGAGAGCGGUAUUCGUGCGUGGGCUUGUUGCAAGUAGAUGUUCAUUUAUCAGAGCAGAAACUGCUUGAUCUUUGCAGAGGACGGAACAGACUAAAAGUCACAUCAUGUUGGAAAUUGAAUACCAUCCGCAAGAACACACAGUGCCGCCAUGGACCGGUAUGGGCAAAGAGGAACUCCUUCGUUACUCCCGGGGUGCCUCGUGGCAAAUCGCCCGUUGGUUUCUGCUGUUGCUGCUCCUGGCUGGUUGGUGUGCCAUGCUUGGUAUGUCCAUCUACAUCAUUGUUGUGACACCCCGUUGCCUGCCGUGGUGGCAGACCAGCGUCAUCUACCAGAUCUACCCCCGCUCAUUUAAGGAUAGCGAUGGCGAUGGUAUUGGUGAUCUUAAAGGAAUCACUGAUAACGUUGCCUACUUGAAGGAUCUUGGUGUGGGUGCUGUACUUCUUAACUCCAUCUACCAGUCUCCUCAAGUUGAUCUUGGCUACGAUGUGUCUGACUUUGAGAAGGUUGACCCAAUCUUUGGGACAACGACUGAUUUUGAGAAUCUUGUGGAGGCUCUACAUGGGGAAGACAUCAAGCUCAUUUUGGACUUCAUCCCGAAUCAAUCCAGCAAUAUUCAUGAGUUUUUCAACAAAAGCAUGGCUGGUGAAGAUUCCGAUUAUCUCAAUUGGUACACGUGGGCAGAUGAAAAGAACAACUGGCUGAGUACAUACAGUGGGGAUGCAUGGGAACUGAACAGCAACCGCGCACAGUUUUAUCUCCACCAAUACUCCAAAGAGCAGCCCGAUUUCAAUCUGAGGAACAAUGCUGUAGUUCAGUACUUAACGGAUGUUCUGGACAAAUGGUUUGUGUUGGGAGUUGACGGCUUCAGCAUCACUGGGGUGAAGUAUAUGUUUGAGACAGAUACUUUCUCUAGUAAUGAUCAGCCAGCACCGGGCUAUGUUAAUGACGGACUUGGGCCUCCUAAACAGUACAACAGCCUGCUUCAUGACAAGUCUUCAGAGUUUAACGGUUUGCAACACAAACUACUCAAAGAAUGGCGAGAUGGAAAAUUCAAUCAGUUUUCCUCGGCCGGCACUUACAGAGUUAUGCUGAGUGAUUCUGACAGUAACUCAACAUACGCCAGGACUUACUACGGCAGCGAGGAGGAACCUGAAGUUGAUCUUCCCAUGAACUUUAACCUUUUGAAACUAGGGGAUACCAACGGUGGUUGGUCACCAAGCACCAUUGGUACAGGGUACACAACUGGUAUUGAAGUCUAUGAACUGGUCAAAGACUGGAUGGACAAUCUACCCUCUGGAAAAUGGCCAACAUUUAUGCUUGGCCACCAUGGAGUUCAUCGUAUUGCAAGUCGGUUGGGAGAAGGGUAUGCUCGUGCUGCCAACAUGUUGCUACUGACAUUGCCUGGCACUCCAAUCGUGUAUUAUGGAGACGAGAUUGGGAUGACUGAUGUUGAAAUAACAGAGGCACAACUCAUGGAUGUUAAAGCACUAAAUGAUAUACCUAGAUGGCAAACCAAGACUCGUGACCGUCAGCGCUCCCCGAUGCAAUGGACAAACAAAUCUUACUCCGGCUUCACGGAAUCUGAGACUGGAUCCUGGCUGCCACUUCCACCUCAGUCAAAGUUCACCGAUAUCAAUGUUCAGACUUUGGCCAGUGAUAAGAACUCCAUUUUAAGCAUGUUUAAAGCCAUGACCCAACUACGAGCUGACAACAGACCCCUACGUCAAGGUAAAGUGGCCAAGUUUGUGCACAACACGCUCAAUGUCGUCUCCUACAUCCGAGAGGUGGAAAAAGAACGUGAACGAUUCUUCGUCGCCAUCAACUUCGGCCAGGACAUGAGUUUCGAGAACGACUUCUAUGACAAAGGACAAGGGGAGCUACCGAUAGAGGGCACUAUACUCGUGUCCACAGACAUGAGGCGUAACGGAGAGCGCAUUCAGUUGAAUAAGGUUGCUCUGGAUGCAGGGGAAGGGAUCGUAGUUUUGUUAGAUGAAAUUGUGGAAGUAGAUGAGUAUCACUGGUUUCAGUAUUUCAAACCGACUUAAAAACACAAACUGUCCCGUCGGAAAGUAUAGUCAGUAGAAACCAGUCCAUCACCCUUAACCCAAAAGGAACGCUACAAUGUAAACCUAAGAAAAUCAUCAUUCAAAGAAACUUGAGAUAAUUCUUCAGCAUUUUGAAAGGAUUUGAUCUCAACAAGUUCUUGUUAAAAAAAAAUGAUAAAAUAUUGUAAAGCAGUUCUUGCAUUUCUUAAAUUCUUGAAUAACUUCAAGUCAUGGCAACAUUUGCACCAGCCACUAUCCCUGAUACAAAGGCUGCACCAUUUAAAAGAAUAAUAAACACUGAUAAACAAAAGUAUUCAUGUGAGAAUCUUGUAGGAUUAUCAUAUAACACUGCAAUUGAAUGAUUAAUUUUUUUAAGAACUAAAUUUAGGCAUAAGACUGUAGCAACACCAGGCAAUUUUUCAAACAGCAAGUUUUUGCAAAUCAUCAAGUUAUUACCAGCAUCAUGCUCUUUAUAACUAAAGUUGGCUGUAAUGAUUUAGUUAAUUGACACUACUUUGACUCGGCUAGCUGGUGGCUCUGGUCUAUCAACCGACAAUGAUCUGAUCUUAAAAAGACAAUCUCAUCCUACUGACUUUGAAGUUACGAGUUAUUCAUGAUAUUUCUAUUCUAUCAAUAUACCCUGGUGUGUAGUUUUAUAUAUCCUACUUUAAAUUAAAUUUUCCAACAUGAAUUACAAUUUUGUUUUAAAUAAGUAUGUUUAUGGACUAAAAUGAUGGUGAGUAAGUCUUGUCAGACAUGUGUGUAACUUUCUAAUAAUAAACCAAAAUACUGCGAAACUGCUGGGAAACAUCUUCUUCGCAUCACAGAUUUAAGAGUAAAUAUAUCUCAAGAUUUUGAUGAUGUGUUGCUCUCUUUUCUACAGAGAUACAUUGUUAUUACUUUCUCAUUAUUCAAGGAAAGAUCAAGUAUUAAAAAGUUGACACCUUUGUAUUAAAACUACUUCACUAACCAGUAUUGUAAUGACCAUGGCUCAAUUUCAUGAAACUGUUUAUCAGAUUAUACUGCUCAUGAUAUUUCUUAGCUAAGCAAAAAAUAAUAGUGCACCAGUUGCAUUAAUAAUAACAAUAUCGAAGUCUUAUAUAGCGCACGUAUC